ACGAAUCAAAGACCAGCCAAACCAAAACAUAUAAUUUUAGAUGUUUGUUUACCUUUCUCAGAGACUGCUGGAAAAGGCCAAUUGGUGGCAUCUCCUAAUUUUGGCCAAAUGGACAAACAGGAGGUUGGGUCCAUCCUCCAGCAAAGCACAGCGCCACACAGAGGCUUAGUAGAAACGGACAGUCCUAACUUUCUGUGCAGUAGCCUUCCUCAGCACUGGAGAUGUAACAAGACGCUGCCGGGGGCCUUCACUGUGGUUGCCCUUGGCAAUGAUGUGCCAGAUGGAGUAGUUGUCAUUGUGAUGGCGGGCAAUGAUGACAACUGCAGUGCUGAACUACGCAAUGCCACAGCAACCAUGAAGCAAGGCUACGCCCACUUCAACGACCUCCGCUUCAUCGGCCGCAGCGGCAGAGGAAAGAGCUUCACUCUGUCUAUAAAUGUGCUGACCUCCCCUCCUCAGAUUGCCACUCUUCAUCGUGCCAUCAAGAUCACUGUGGAUGGACCUCGGCUGCCAAGACGUGAGCAAACAUUGGUGAGAACAAUGAAAGGAUUCUCUUCAGACACUUUUACCAUCAUUCUUCUCUGGCGCUUCCAGGACAGAGGCAGAAAGAGCUGAAGUCAGAGGGGUUCAGGCCUUCAAGCAGCAGAAGCUCCACCUGGUCAGACUGCAGAUCCCUUUCUUCUUUGUGGAGCAGUGAGACACCUCUUCUGGGUCACAUGACCUCUCUGUCAUCAUCUUUCACUACGACUCCCAGAAUCCAUCACUUGCCCCCCUUACCUUACUGUGCUCCGCCUCCUCCAUACAGUUCCUGCCUGUCCUCUCCUCAUUCUGCCCCUCCUCCCCUGAGCCACUGCUCCUCCUUCCAGCCGUGCAGCUUCUUCUAUGGGUCAAACCAGAACCAGAAACAGGACCAGAACCCAUUGCAACAAGGUGCUGUGGAGGACUGCAGAUCUGCUUCUGUUCUAACCAAUUUCAUGGAUGGGGCAUGUUUUUCGGUGCGAGGGGAGGAACUUGUCUGGAGACCUUAUUGAAACACCCCCUAGAUGGCUGGCAGUCAUUUUUUACUGUCCCAAGCUAAAGUUCCAACGGGCCUUUUACUCAUAGAUGUGAUUACUCACAUAUACUGUCACAAAAUACACUAUUGUGUCAUGACUAACCACAGUGUUGUCUCCGAUGUCCCAAAGUCCACCAUGUUGGAUGCAUUUACUCAAAGGAAAUGACCAAAACUUCUAAAAGAAAAACCAGUCCAAAUUUUAAAGAAACACAUCAGCAGUCAGCACAAAAGUAAUUUGGUUGUAGAUGGUCCACUCACUGCCCAUUCUUACCUCAGAGACAUCAUAAAACCCUCAUCCCCCAAAUCCACCAGCACACCCCCAAAUUUCUGUUCAUGGAAGACAAAAAUCCAUCGCAUGGUGCAGAAUUGUCAAAGCUGGUCUUCAGGGGGUGGGAGUCAUUUAUGGUAUGACCAGCAAUGACCUCUGACCUGAACCCCAUAGAGCACGUCUGGGACCAGCUGAAGCAGAAACUGAAUGAUCGGACCCCACCCCAAGUGACCUGCAGAAACUGAAUGUAACACUUAUGAAAUAGUGGAACUCCUCAGAACAUCAUGAGGAGAGUGAGGAGCAUGAGACGUUGCUGAUCUAGCUGUCAUUGAAGCAAAUGGUAGAAUUAUUCACUAUUGACAUGGUC